AUGGACGCGGCGACGCGGCGGGCGCGGCUGCUCCUGCUGCUCGUGGCGGCCACCGUGCCGGCGGGGCUCUGCCAGACCAACCCGGACGAUGCCGCGGCGCUCCGGUCGGUGAUGGGCGCGUGGACCAACUACCCGUCGAGCUGGAAUUCCGGCGACCCCUGCGGCGCGCCGUGGGACGGGAUCAUGUGCAGCGGCAACGGGAGGGUGACAUCGCUGCGGCUAUCCAGCGCCAACAUGCAGGGCACGCUCAGCGACAGCAUCGGGCAGCUCGGCCAGCUCAUGUUCCUUGACCUUUCGUUCAACAGCGGUCUCAGUGGUACGAUCCCCGCUUCGAUUGGGAACCUUGGGAAGCUUACGACACUAAUCUUGGCUGGUUGCAGCUUCAGCGGAGACAUUCCUAAAGAACUAGGCAACCUCCUGCAGAUGACAUUCCUGGCGCUGAAUUCAAACAAGUUGACGGGCACAAUACCGCCUCAGCUUGGCCUACUCUCAAAACUCUUCUGGCUAGACCUGGCAGAUAAUGCCAUCACAGGAAGUGUCCCUAUCUCAACAGGAACGACACCGGGCCUUGACCUUCUUACCAACACGAAGCACUUCCAUUUCAACAAGAACCAGCUAUCUGGAACGCUUACAGGCCUCUUCAAGUCUAAUAUGACCCUCAUACACAUAUUGUUUGAUAGCAAUCAGUUCACAGGCCCAAUUCCGCGUGAGCUUGGAAGCAUUACCUCGCUCCAAGUACUCCGACUGGAUAGGAACCAAUUUGCGGGAGCAGUUCCUAACAUCACCAACUUGGUCAACCUAAAUGAGCUGAACUUGGCAACCAACAAGCUAACUGGAUCAGUGCCAAAUCUCAGCAGCAUGAACGUGUUAAAUGUUGUGGAUUUAAGCAACAACAGCUUUACCGCGUCAGCAAUCCCAGCCUGGUUCACAAAUCUAACAAAUAUUUCUUCAAUAUCGUUGUCUUCUGCGAGCCUCACUGGCGAGGUCCCCCAGGAACUCUUCAAUUUGCCCCAGCUGCAUGAAGUUGUAAUGAGCAAAAACCAGUUGAACGGAGUACUUACGAUGCCAGGCAGCAUCGGCACACAACUGCAAACCGUGGAUUUCCAAGGAAACGUCAUAGUUGAUGUCGCUGGCAUUUCAAACUACAAAAAGACACUGCUGCUUGCCCUGAAUCCAGUCUGCUCCGAUAAACCCACUGUAGCAUUCUGCACCGUCCAGAAACCGAACGUGAUAGCAUACAGCACUAGCAUGGCCAAAUGUAUCUCGGCAAGUGGGUGCCAAAGUGGUCAGGGCCAGAACCCCGCAAACUGCGGCUGCGCCUAUUCGUACAAUGGCAAGAUGGUCUUCAGAGCGCCGUCCUUCAAGGAUGUGUCGGACACCGUUAGGUUUCAGCAACUGGAGGAAACCCUCUGGAGGCUACUGGGUCUGCGUGAAGGUGCGGUUCUCCUGAACCGUAUCCACUUCAACGAGGACAACUACCUCCAAGUUCAAGUGAGUCUGUUCCCGUCGACGGGGACGCUCUUCAACGUGUCUGAAGUGAGCCGCAUUGGGUUUCUUCUCAGCAACCAGACCUACAAGCCGCCGCCAAUAUUCGGGCCUUACUUCUUCAUUGCAGAUCCAUAUGUCCCCUUCUUAGUUGCUGGUGGCAAGAAAUCGAAGUUCAGUACAGCUGCUGUUGCUGGAAUCGCAGUGGCCGGUGGGGUUCUUGUGAUUGCCCUCAUUUUGGUGGGACUGUUCGCUUUGCGACAGAAGAGAAGGAACAAGGAACUAAAAGAACGAAGCACCGACCCUUUUGCUUCGUGGGGCGCGGCGCAGAAAGACAGCGGAGGAGCUCCACAGCUGAAAGGAGCGAGGUUCUUCUCCUUCGAGGAGCUGAAAAGCUGCACGGACAACUUUGCAGAUAGCCAUGAGAUAGGCGCAGGAGGCUAUGGAAAGGUGUACAAGGGAACACUUGUGGACGGAAUACGGGUGGCGAUAAAGCGGGCGCAGUCUGGGUCGAUGCAGGGCGCGCCGGAGUUCAAGAACGAGAUCGAGCUGCUGUCCCGGGUUCACCACAGGAACCUGGUGAGCCUGAUCGGCUUCUGCUUCCAGCAAGGGGAGCAGAUGCUGGUUUACGAGUUCGUCGCCGGUGGGACACUGAGGGAGAACCUUGUUGUUAGAGGGACGUACUUGGGCUGGAAGAAGAGGCUGAGGAUCGCGCUCGGGUCGGCGAGGGGGCUGGCGUACCUUCACGAGCUCGCCGACCCGCCGAUCAUCCACCGCGACAUCAAGUCCACCAACAUCCUCCUCGACGAGAACCUCAAGGCCAAGGUCGCCGACUUCGGGCUCUCCAAGCUCGUCGCCGACACCGAGAAGGGCCACGUCUCCACCCAAGUCAAAGGAACACUGGGAUAUUUGGACCCGGAGUACUACAUGACGCAGCAGCUGUCGGAGAAGAGCGACGUGUACAGCUUCGGGGUGGUGAUGCUGGAGCUGGUGAGCGGGAGGCAGCCGAUCGAGAAGGGGAAGUACGUUGUGCGGGAGGUGAGGCAGGCCAUCGACCCGGCCGACCGCGACUACUACGGCCUGCGCGCCAUCGUCGACCCGGCGAUCCGGGACGCCGCGCGGACGCCCGGGUUCCGGCGGUUCGUGCAGCUGGCGAUGCAGUGCGUGGACGAGUCCGCGGCGGCGCGGCCCACCAUGGGCACCGUCGUCAAGGAGGUGGAGGCCAUGCUGCUCAACGAGCCCGACGGGGAGGGGUCCAACUCGGCCGGGUCGUCGGCCACCGAGUUCGACGGCGCCGGCAGGGGCGCGCCCUCGCACCCGUACAGCGACGUGGAGAUCACCCGGUCGUCCUACGGCGGCGCCGGGGAGGCGUCCGAUUACAUGCCCUACUUCGAGGUCAAGCCAAAAUAA